GACUCGUAGAUUUAAUUUUCUCCUCUGCUUUCUUUCUCCGACGCUGAUUCUUCUGCUUCAUUCAUCACAGGCAAAGAGCAAAAUGGGGAGCACUGCUUGGAAAUUGGAAGACCACCCGAAACUGCCCAAGGGCAAGACCAUCGGCCUUGUGGUUCUCGACGGUUGGGGUGAGUACAAGCCCGAUCAGUAUAACUGCAUCCAUGUCGCUGAGACUCCCGCCAUGGACUCUCUCAAACAGGUUUAGACUUCUACCAUCAGUUUUGUUUUCUUUCCUCUGUGUAUUGUGAUUUUUUUUGGGUUCUUUUUCUUCAUGGAUCUGUAGAUGUUUGAAAUCUGUUUUUCGUUAGGAUUAUGGUUUGUUUUUGUCCAUAUUCUUU